GCGGGGCAGCCUUCGUAACUGCCGCAGGGGGUGGUGGGUGGGGGGGGGGGGGGGGGGGGGGGGGGGGCCUGGGGUCUUCGAGGGUUUGGUGCGUCGACAAGGGGACCAGGCCCGCUUGGCGUUGCUGGGUGGUUCUUCGGGGAGAGUGGUGGGCCCGCUUGGCGUUGAUGGGUUGUUCUUCGACGACAAAGAUGCCGCGAGGGCAGGCAAGAGCGUUCGAGGAUGCCGGAGAAGACGAGAAUCAUAAGGCGCAGAAGAAGUGGUGUCUACAAGUACAUCCGCGUGGGUCAGAGUCUUGGGGACUCGACGGGGAGAAGUUCCGCGGGAACCAUAUGUUGAAGUGCCUGUUCUGCAGCCAUGAGUUUCAGGGGAACCAGUACGUGGCGGCACGCCAUUUCAGUCAGGGGAAAGGGUGUCCGUCAGUGACCGACGAGGCGCUGGUGGACAUACACUACAACUCGGACUACAAAAUGGAGGGGAAGAUCCUUGACCGGUUGCUUCGGUUCGAGGAGCUUCACGGUCCGACACCUGCGAUGGAUCCGUGCAGGGAUGAGGGAGGGGCGGGAGGGGCGGGGCAAGAUAGGGGUGAAGAGGAAGUGGUCGGCGUGGACAACGUCGACGACGAGGGUGCGGAGUCAGCGCGGCCUGGCCCAUCGACGAGGGACCGAGGGAAGGGCGUCGUUCACGAGCCGUGGGGCCAGCAAGCCCGUUUCUUUAGGGAUGCGCAUGUGUCGGCUCGCACUCAGGCACAACGGGAUGCAGAAGACGCGACAAUUGCUGUGGGGAACAGAAAGGAGAGAGAGGAGGGGGCGAGGCCGGGUGGGCAAAAUCGGCUGAGACAAAACACCAUUACGGACUCGUAUUCUUCGCAAUGGCAGAUGGAGUUCAAGAAGAAGUUUCUAAGGUUUGUCUACAGUCAGCAUUUGUCAUUCAACGUCUUCCGGAGCGAGCCAUGGAAAGAAUUAGUGAAACACUUUGGGAACUUGCCGGGGCCAGUGAAGGUUUUGUGGCCGUCRCACAACGAGAUCGCCGACAUGGAGACGGUUGUCCGCACUGCAGAUGAUGUGGCGGGUGAUCUCGCAGAGGUCAGGGCUCCUUUCUAUGUGACGGGGGCCACCAUCAUGUCGGAUGGCAGGAAGUCACGUGAUGAUAGACCAAUCGUUAACUUCCUUGUCGGCGGGUCGCGCAGAGUGAUGAUGGUGAGGGCAAUGAACAGGGAGGGCGAGAUAGACCAGGCGCCUUAUGUGUUGGUGCACUGGAUCAAGGUGUUCUAUGACUUCCCUCCUCAUUGGGUUAAUGCCAUCUGCACGGACUCUGCCUCUGUGUACGUCGCCGCGACAAACAUGCUCCAGGACACCCAGCUGAGGCCAGAGUUUAGAUGGAUCACGUGGCUGUCGUGCGUAGUGCAUGUCUGCAACAAAAUGUUGUCAGACAUUGGUUUGUCAAGCCCGUGGUCAAAGGACAUCAUUGUGCGUGGGAGAACGGUGGUGCGCUUCAUCAACGAGCACAUCUUCACUCUGCAUAUCUUCAGGGGGGAGAGCACGCACAUGGGACUUAUUUAUCCCUGCGAAACACGAUUCGCAUCUGUGUUCGCUAUGAUGGAGCGUUUGCUGGCAGUAAGGUCAGCGUUGGAGAGGACAGUGGACGGCGACGGUUGGGGUUUUGUCCCGUGGGACAGCUCCGUAGCUCAGCUGGCUCGAUGGGUUAGGUGGCAGGUGCGGCAUGGUUCUUGGUGGGAUUCCAUGGGAGUCCUUGUCCGCAUUAUGGAGCCUGUGUACGACAUGCUUCGCAAAUUGGACCGGGGAGGGCUGCACAUGUCGCGGGUUGUGCAAUGGACGCAGGACGUGACCCGCGAUGUAGCACGUGAGGUCCGCACACUUCCAUCUGAUGUUGCGCACUUCAUUAUGUAGAAAGUGCAGGCUCGGUGUGCUCACAUGUU